CAGAAACGAGAAGAGCAGGGAGAGACUGAGAGAGAGAGAGGUCGCAAACUCUCAUCGUCCGUCUGAUCGUGGUUAAGAUUCGCCCCGAAAUUCCCUCCGUCGCUCUCAUUGGCCUUCUCCUCUCCUCUAUAAAGCAAAGCAAAUCAAAUCAAAUCACAUUGUUUUUUUGUUUAAUUUUUUAAAUUCAAAUAUAGAUUUGCUCAACCCCAACAAACAAACCCCCAGGUCUCCUCUUCUUGGACUCCAACAAAUCAACCACACCGCUACUCCUACGCCCUCUCUCUCUCUCUCUCUCUCUCUCUCUCUCUCUCAACCUCCCUCUGUUGCUAGCUCCGAUGGCAUUUUCGUAAAAUGGCAAUGGAGGCGGCCACCACUAGAGGCUUCGCGACUCACCUCAGCCGCCUCUCCUUCCUCCACCACCACCACCACCCUCCGCCGCAUUCCCUCGACGAGCUCACCAAGCGGCGGAGGAUCACCGUCGUCGGCGGAGGCGGCAACCGACUCGCGGUGAGUCGAAUCAGCUGCUGCUGUUCUGACUCGGUCGUUCCUAUUCGGAGUAGCGCCGCCGCCGAGAAGUGGAAGAACUCCGAUGAGCGGCGGUUCGAUUCCAUGAACAGGCCGACUCACAGAGCUGGACUCAAAGCUGCUGCGGCAUUGCCCUUUGCUUCUGAACAAUCUCAAUUUGCGUCCAAGCAAAACAACAAGGUGUACACUCGCCGCCGGCCUCGCUGUACUCCGGGAACUACCGGUCCACAGUCUCGUGAUACUCCGCCGAAAAGAGAUACUGGUAUUGCAAAUGAGAAGGACUGGGGGAUUAGCUUGUUGAAUGAGCAUGUGAAGGAGUCGGGGACUAAUGAGGAUGGAAGCACUUGGUAUCGCGAAAGCGGGGAGGAGCUGGGGGACACUGGAUACAGAUGUAGGUGGACACGGAUGGGCGGUGCUUCUCAGGACAACACUUCGGAGUGGAGAGAGGAGUGGUGGGAGAAAAGUGAUUGGACUGGAUACAAAGAGCUAGGUGUAGAGAAAUCUGGUAGAAAUGCCGAAGGAGAUUCAUGGUGGGAAACGUGGCAAGAGGUUCUUCACCAAGAUGAAUGGAGUAACCUAGCAAGGAUUGAGAGAAGUGCACAGAAACGAGCAAAAUCAGGCACUGAAAAUGCUGGGUGGUCUGAGAAAUGGUGGGAGAAAUAUGAUGCCAAAGGCUGGACUGAGAAAGGAGCACACAAAUGGGGUAGACUUAAUGAACAGUCUUGGUGGGAGAAGUGGGGAGAGCAUUAUGACGGAAGAGGAUCUGUACUGAAAUGGACAGAUAAAUGGGCAGAGACUUCACUCGGAACCAAAUGGGGAGACAAGUGGGAAGAGAAGUUCUUUGAGGGUAUAGGUUCACGACAAGGGGAAACAUGGCAUGUAACUUCUAAUGAUGAACGUUGGUCAAGGACAUGGGGAGAAGAACACACAGGAAAUGGUAAAGUGCACAAAUAUGGGAAGAGCACAACAGGUGAAAGCUGGGAUAUUGUUGUGGAUGAGGAGACCUAUUACGAGGCUGUGCCGCAUUAUGGGUGGGCAGAUGUUGUAGGUGAUUCUAGCCAGUUACUAUCAAUCCAACCUCGUAAAAAGCCUCGUGAUGUCUACGCAAACUUUGACUUUACGAAACCUGCUACGCACUUAUCGAUUCCAAAGAAGGAACCACCACCUCCAGAGGAUGCAGUUCCUCCAGAAGAUGAACCACCAGAAGUUUAUCCCCAGUGAAAGGGUGAUUGUUAGGAUGUUUAGAAUAUUGCUCCAAGUCCAAUUACGCAGAUUGAACUCGUCAUGUGACGGUCGAAAUAUAUUUGUUCAUUUUUUUCAAUGGCUAUCUUCUCAUUUUGGAUUUCGUUACAUUUCCCAUUAUCCCGUUGGGAGUUCCAUUUGUCUUGUAAACUUGGUAUAUGCUUUGGGAUUAGAACUUGAACAUCCAAUCCUUUCUUUUCA